UACAUUUUGAGAAACAGACUGAGUCAUUUUUUCCUGCCGUGAGAGAGAUCUAGUGAGCUGUAGAUAUGAAGUUGGAUCUGUGGUAUCUAACAAUUUUGGACGUAGCCAUGAUUGGAUCUAUCAUUUUGACGUUGUCAGCAGAAUCUAUCAGUUUGGUUACUGAAAUUGCAUAACUAAGCAGGAAAUCAGAUGUCGAUAAUGAUAACCAGAUGUCUAUAAGAGAUGUUUGUUUUCCUCUCUGUGCUUUUUCAGUCCAACUAAAAAAUGAGCGACUUUCUGCAUAUUCUGCUUCAUGUAAUCGGUCUGCUUCAUUUUGCCCCUCGUGCAAAGACCACUGAACCUAUUUAUGACAUCACAGACCCAGCGUUUAUUGAUGAGUGCGUCACAGAACACAACAGACACCGAGCCAAUGUGAAUCCUCCUGCCAGCAACAUGAGAUACAUGACAUGGGAUGAGGGUUUGGCAAGAAGUGCACAAGCAUGGGCGAGGAACUGCGUCCUUCAGGUUAACCCUGCGUCCCUUAACCAGCCGGGCAGAAUGCAUCCCAUCUUUACAGAUGUUGGUGAAAACCUCCUUGCCCGUGGCCCAUAUAUAAAUAAUUUCAAAGUGCAGUCUGCUAUAAAGGCAUGGAUGAAGCAAGACCAAGAUUAUAACUACGAUAGCAAUGAGUGCUCCAGACAAUGCAGCCGAUAUUUACAGGUACACAUUUGCUAG